UCAAUGGGCGUGGCUACAUUCCAGACAUACGGCUGUGUUCUCCCGUGCCUGCCUGCAACUUCGACAGCAGUUUGUGUGCACGUAACGGUACAGCUGUGAAAAUGUCCCUGAAAACAGCGGGCAUAGCAUUAACCCGUACACUAUGGACUAGAGGAAACAGGACCCCUCCUGUUGUGCGGUCCCCCAAAGCGAACAGACUUUCUACUUCGUGCAGGGCGUCUGCAGGAACAAAGCAGGGCCGCGAAAAAACAAAAGAGCAAAGUUGCGGCUCCUGCACCGACAGGCCCAGCGACGACGUGCCAGCGUCCAGCGAGCCUCCGCACAGAUGCAAGACUGUGGAUAAGAAGCGAGCUAAGGAGCCCGUGGGUGCUCCCGGUGUUACCGGUGUAAGAAGACGGUCAUUCACUUCCAUCACAGCUCCAGUGGACCAGAGGUCCUACCUGUGGGCUCGUUACGAUGACAUGAAACGGCUAGUUCACGACCUGAUUCCACCAGGUGCGUGUAACCUCCUGAACUCCUCCACCAUCUAUGCCAACAAUGAAGUCAGCCUGGCUGAAGUGGACAUCUACGGUUUUGACUACGACUACACGCUGGCUCUUUACUCAAAUGCGCUCAACACGAUGAUCUACAAUGCAGCGAAAGGCUUCCUAAUCGAACAUUUUAAGUACCCUGAAGGCAUCCACAGAUAUGAUUAUAUCCCCAACUUUGCUGCUCGGGGUCUUCACUAUGACAUCCAAAAGGGCCUUCUGAUGAAGAUUGAUGCCUUCCAUUACAUUCAGCCUGGAACGGUGUACCGGGGUCUGAGCCCAGUGCCAGAUGAGGAGGUCCUUCAACUCUACGGGGGGACCUACCAUGUCCCCCUGCAGCAGGACAGUGGAUUCUAUGGCAAGGGACCAAAGGUGAAGCAGUUCAUGGACAUAUUCUCCAUACCAGAGAUGACUCUCUUGGCCGUGGCAAAUGAUUUUUUCAUCACAAACAACAUUGAAUAUGAUCCAGUUCAUCUGUUCAAGGACGUCUCGGAGGCAAUUGGCAUGGUUCACCUCAAAGGCUACAUGUACAAAUGGGUCAUGGAAGAUCUCGAUAAGUUCAUACUGAGAGGUGAAGAGACUGAUGCCGUUUUGCAUCGACUGGUCAGUCAUGGAAAGAAGCUCUUCCUCAUCACCAACAGUCCCUUCAGCUUUGUGGAUAAAGGAAUGACUUACAUGGUGGGAAAAAACUGGAGAGACUUCUUUGAUGUUGUCAUUGUGCAGGCAGACAAACCUCACUUCUUCACUGACUGCAUCAAACCUUUCAGGCGGUUGGACGGUAAUGGAGACCUUCGGUGGGAAAAGAUAAACAGUUUGGAUAAAGGACAAAUCUACAAACAGGGAAACUUGUUUGACUUUCUCAGGCUGACAGGCUGGCGAGGUUCAAAGGUGCUUUACUUUGGAGACCAUCUUUACAGUGACUUGGCUGACCUGAUGUUGCGACAUGGCUGGCGUACAGCAGCUAUAGUGCCUGAGCUGGAGCAGGAAACCAAAGUGGUGAGGACAGACCGGUAUGCCUUGAACCUCACCUGGCUACAGGCUUUAACAGGUCUGAUCGAGCGUCUACAGACACAUAAGGACGCAGAGUCUAAACAGGUUUUUCAGGAAUGGCAGAAUGAGAGAGAAGAACUCAGGGCGAUGAUAAAGAACCUGUUCAACCCUCAGUUCGGCAGCAUCUUCAGAACGUGUCACAACCCCACCUACUUCUCCAGACGUCUGUGUCGCUUCUCCGACAUCUACAUGACUUCCCUCAGCUGUCUUUUGAAUUAUGACCUGUCGUACACUUUCUAUCCCCGCCGCACCCCUCUGCAGCACGAGGCUCCUCUGUGGAUGGACCAGCUUUGCACAGGCUGCAGGAAGACGCCCCAUCUGGAGGAAAUGUCUCAGAUACGAUGAGAGCUGUGCUCUCCCCAGUGACUUUAGAUUUUUUGUUUUUAGGCCUGGCAAACACUUGAUAAUGCCUGAGGAUUUCUUUGAUAAAGCUACGCCGCACAACUCCCUUCAAUGGGGCAAAGUAUCAUUAUUCUACAUUGUGACUCACUUCCCCAAUGAAUUCACUAGAGGGCACUGUAGAUGUAGCUGCUCUCCAGAAAGCAUGCGAUGCAAUUAAACGUGUUGUAGUACAAGAUGACAGACACUGUAGUAGCUGUCAGAAUCACUUGUAAUUUGGUAUCAUUUAGUAGUGCUGCUACUCUAAACAGGUGAUGUAUCUGAAUACCCCUUCUACCACUUUAGUAUAUCAGUUCAUAUAUGCUUAAAAUAACAUUAACUUAGACCCUAAUCGUUUUUUGUUACAGGACGAUGUUAAAGAACUUGUUCAACCCUCAGUAUGAAAAUGCCGAACAACAUAAAGCUGUCCUUGCACAAUUACCAAAAAUAAACAAGCAAAAUCUGA